ACUUAAGUAACUAUGAAGAAGUGACAUCAUACUAACCACAGGAAGUAGAUGCAGCAUCGCUCUACUAAAGCACUACUUUAGAGACUCAGACAGUUGUGAGCACGAGAACAAGAGACAGAAGAAGGAGAGAGACAGAGAAUCACGAUGGCUGAGUUCAAAUGGAUUUCUUUAUUUCUUAUAGCGGCGCUUCAGUUUACAGCAGCAGCUGAAAGACUUCCCCUCUCCUUCACUGUCAGAGUUGGAGAUGAAGUCACUUUGCCUUGUGAAAAUGUGACAGACAGUCAGCAAAAAUGUGACGGUACUACAUGGCUCUUUGUUGGUUCAGGAAACACAGCAACAGUAACGCUGUUUGAACAUGGGCAGAUUGGUGAAAGAGCCAAAGCUCAAUCAGACAGACUGAGUGUUACAGCGAGCUGUUCUCUGGUUAUAAAGAAGGUCACAGUCGAGGAUGUUGGUCGUUACUCCUGCAGACAGCUCAGAUCAGGACGACAACAAGCUCCAGACUCUCAGGUUCAUCUGUCUGUUGUUACCAUGACUGAACAUAAGGACCCUGAUAAGGUGAAGUUAUACUGCUCUGUGUCGACACAUGAACGAUGUGGACACACAGUGAAGUGGCUGUAUGCGGGUAAAGAUGUGGCUAAAGAUAACAAAGACUUGGUGACAUCACAGUCUCUCUGCAGAGCCUCUGUGAGCUUCCUGACUUCUCAUUACAGUCACACAUCAAGGUCUAACUUCAUUACAUGUGAAGUGACUGAUGGUAACAAAGAGCAGCUGUUUCCCUUCAGACUUCGGCCCUCAGGUGAGAAACCAGGUGAGGACACAACAACAGCAACAACUGAAUCAACAACAACAACUGAAAACAGCAGAAAAGCAGCUUGUACAGAUUGUUCUGCUCUGAACUACAUGAUGUUGGUUAUGCGUGUGGCUGAACUCCUCCUAAUCACUGCGAUUACUGUUCUUCUCAUCAGAGCUCGAGGGAACCAGAGACCACCUGACGACAACACUGUUUUGAACUCAGUAAGAAGCCGAACAGUGAAGCGUUCUGGUCCAGCAGCCAGUCAGGUGAAUGAUGAUGAAGAUGAUGGUGUGGUGAACUAUGAAAACUUUGGAGACCCUUCUGCCUCAGUCAGACUCCGCUGAUCAACAGCUUCCAUAUCAACAUCAACUCACCAGAGAAAAGACUCCACUGCAGUUAAAUAACAUCAUGGAUAUCGCCAUGUUGCACCUGGACAUCAGGAGUCAAAUUCUGGUGGGAGAGGAGUUUGACUCUUCACCUGUCUGUUCAUGUGUGCAGUCAAACAUCAUGAAUCCUGUCUGUUUGCUAAUAAAAACUAUCUGAAGAAAACAAGUUGCAUUAUUGCAAACAUUUAUCUUAACUAACAAUCUUCACACUUCGACUUCCUCUUCUUCUUCUCUUCGGGAGGUGAAACACGUCAUUGCCACAAAUACACCGCGGGACUGGACACAGUGUGAACGUGAGACUCAGUAUGAGUCUUAAUAUAGUUUGCUUGUUACAGCGUUAGAUUGGCUCAGUGGAUGCAGAAACAUGUUCCUUUGCCUUGUAAUCAGUGACUUUGUCUUCUUUACACACUCAUUCCAGUUUCACAGGAUCUUUGUCAGGCUGCUGCGACCUCUGACCUCUGACAUCUUUACUGAUGGCUGCAUCUCAUAUUGCUGAUCAAGAAUUUGGGGUCGCUGUCAGUCACUGUGGAUGAGACAAAACUACAUUUCAAAAAUGUCAAAAUGAGUUUUUGGCUGUUUGGACAUCGACAAGAACUUAAGUAACUAUGAGGAAGUGACAUCAUACUAAUCACAGGAAGUAGAUGCAGCAUCGCUCUACUAAAGCACUACUUUAGAGACUCAGACAGUUGUGAGCACGAGAACAAGAGACAGAAGAAGGAGAGAGACAGAGAAUCACGAUGGCUGAGUUCAAAUGGAUUUCUUUAUUUCUUAUAGCGGUGCUUCAGUUUACAGUGAACUCUUGGAAACUCUUGGAAACCACAGAUCCCUCCUGUGAUAUGUUUUGUCCUGAAGUUUCUCUUGUAUGACGCAAGGAGGAGUUUUGUCAUCAGUCAGAGCAACACAUUCUCUCCGCAUCAUCUGUUCGGCUGAGAACUCGUCUGAAAACACAUCAGUGGCUCAUGUCCUUUAUCUCAAUACUGAACCACAUCUGGCUUUAUGGCUGUUUAGAUAUCUACAAGAAAUUCAGAGAUGAAAAGCUGAUGGACUCAUACAUAAAUUCAACAACUGAAAGAAUGAAAAAAAUAUUCAAGUCACUAUAAGGAAGUGACACUUUACUAAUAACAGGAAGUAAAUGCUGCAUCGCUCUUAAAGAAGCACUAGUUCAGAGACUUCGACAGUUGAGGCCGUGAGAACAAGAGAUCAAGAGACAGAAGCAAGGUGGUUCAAA